UGUGUUGCCUGCGUUCAUUGUCACUCUCUUUGGACAGUGAUUGUUCACGCAAGUAAUGCAAUCGGACACAGAUCUUCUGUUUUUCUUAAUUAUGCAUACCGAUUUGACACAUAAGUUAAUCAGAUGGAUCACAGCAUAGUGAAAGAUUUCCAGAAUUUGCGUGUGUUUUCCAACCGUAAUAUCAUCAGGAUGGAUGAGCUUGUCCAGGACCUCACCAACGCACUGGAAGAAAGUUCCAAAGGUCACAAGUCUCAAACGGAAAACCUCGCACCAGGAAUAUUUGCUCGCAGAAUGCACAAAAAACGACGUGGAAAACGCCGCAGAUCAGAUCCAAGCCCUCUGUGGAAAUGUGGAACAAUCAGUGAAGCCUCUGAAAGCAGUAUCGAUGAAGCACUGAAAGAUUACAUAGACACAGUAGCUUUACUCAGUGACUCAGAUGACAUUUCCCCACGAAGAAUUCAUCGGCUGACAGUCCCACUAACAGAUCCAACACCUCCUGUUGAGUCGGAUUCCGUCACUGAGAAUGUUCCCCCUAUUCGGCCUCAGAGAAGAAGAAGGAAGUUCAAGACUAUGGCCCUUGAUUCUCCUAGUGCAGAUGAUCUGAAUUUUGUGGAGCCCAUUUUUGAACGUCAUAAAACAAUCAAACACAAAGCUCUCCAAGACACAAGUACAAAUAUGGUGGUUCAGGAUGAAGCAGUUGGAGAAGUGCCAGGAUCAAGUACAAUUCCGGACGGAAGUGUCCCGGGGAAGAGAAAAAGGAGCACAAAGAGUCGGAGUGAUUAUGUCAAGUCCCCCGGAGGAGGAGGGGCUAGUCAAGAAGGGGACACUGAUGGCAUGGACAUCACUUCAUACUCACAAGAGAGCAGUUCUCUAAGUAGCAGUGAAAGUGAGGGGCUGAUUACUAAUGAUGAAGGGAGAGAAGCUGAUGAUGAGCAGAGCGACUUUUUUCUGGAGCCUGGUCCAUCAUGUGGCAUUGCUGGCAUCAUCCCCUGGUGGGAAAACGAGCGUGUCACAGACAGCGAAGUGCUCAUGGACAAACAGUUGGGAAGCAUCCUCACAGGAUCCUUUGAACAUAUGCCAGAAUCCUCCAGACAGAGUUUCAAAACCCGCGUUAGCAGGCUGAUGGCAUCGAGUGGGAGAGAAAUACGUCUUGGAAGAAGAAAGCUGAAAGGGAAGAUGCCAAGCUACACAAUGACCAGGUUCCUGCAAGAUCGACAAAAGUGGAACCAGAUGCAGGGUCGUUAUUUCCCUCCCCGCCCAUCGGGCUCAGCCUCCACACACUCAGGAGACUUCAAGAGGCAGCGUAAAACACCCCCAUCUAGUCCCCAGGAUGAGGGGUAUGUUGGUGAAAACGCAGAGCCAAUUCCUGACCACAACAUUGGCAACUUGAUGCUUCAGAGUAUGGGUUGGAACCCUGGCUCAGGUCUUGGACCAAACCAAGAUGGCAUCCAAGAUCCCAUUCAGGCCUACCUUCACCCUGGGAGGAAGGGACUGGGAUAUGAAUCCAAUGGGCUCUCGGAUACGUGAAGUUACAGCUCAAACUCAUCUUUAUUCACCUGACUAUGUAGACUCAUGAAGCAACAUCACUUUAACUUCACUCCAAAAAUGUGUAGAUCUAUAUUUUAAGAUAAAGUAAUUAUUUGCUAAGAUACUGAGGAAUAUAUAUUUUGAGAAUGUUAGGGAAUCAUCCGUAAGGUAAAGAGAUGUGGAUUUAAUGGGCAGGGUAAUGUCACCAGGAUCUACUAUGUGGGCUGUAGAACUUUAGGUAGUAUUGUCAACAUUGUUUGUUGUUUAAUACUGCACUCCACAAUAUUU